AAAAUAUUCUUAGAAUUUAAUAAAUAAUAGAAACAUAACGCUCCAGUCCCUCUUGGCGUACAUCCUUCCAUUGCCGGACAUCUCCUUACUCUCUCACAAAGGCGAAAUCUAGGGCAAAAUCCAACUCCAGCAAGAUCGGAUUAACCCGAGAUUCAAUUGGCAUGAAAAAGAGAGUAUUUUUGACGCAUGGUAUUUGGGGUUUUUAACUUGCUGGGUUUCUCUCAAUUUACUCAAAGAAUGCUUUCUUCGGAGUUUUCUGUCUUCGGAUAUAUCAGUGAUUCAUGGUUUACAGUAAAGUUACAGAAAUAAUGGGUAUUGGGAAAUGCUUGAAUGAUUCUUACAAUGAAUUCUAUUGCUCUAUUUGGCCCAAGAUUGUUUCGGAUAUUUCCCUGUUUUUGCCGUUCUUCUCGGUCAUUUUCCACUAAGAACUCUGACGGCGGCGAAAUGGAUGAUGGAUUCAUGAGGGUAAAGAAUGGCGGCGAAAUGGAUGAUAAAUUCAUGAGGAUAGAGAAUGGGGGCGAAAUGGAUGAUGGAUUCAUGAGGAUAGAGAAACCAUUGAGUGAAGCUUGGGGGGUUUCUAAUUUUGAUCCUGUUUCAGAUGAAAACCCUGAUUCAGAUAAUGGCAUUGGAAGCUCUUCCCCUGCUGAAUUCUUGGCGGGGAAAGGUUAUUUUGACAAUAUGAGGCUUGAUGCUAGUAGGGUUCUUCAAAUUCUUCAACAAGAUUGCCCGGGAUUCAGUACAAAAGCAGCUCUCGAUGAGUUGCAAAUAAGGGUUUCAGGUGGUCUUGUGAGAGAAGUUCUGUUAGAGAUAUUGAAAACAGUGAAUUACACAAAUAAGGAACGGUGUGCCAAAUUGGGGUACAAGUUCUUCAUGUGGUCUGGUCAGCAGGAAAAUUAUAGGCAUACUGUGAAUGCAUACCAUCUGAUAAUGAAGAUUUUUGCAGAAUCUGAUGAGUUUAAAGCCAUGUGGAGAUUGGUUGAUGAGAUGAUUGAGCAAGGGUUUCCAGUUACAGCGAGAACAUUCCAGAUUUUGAUAUGUACUUGUGGUGAGGCGGGAUUGGCAAGGAGAGCUGUGGAGAGGUUUGUAAAGUCGAAAAAUUUUAAUUAUAGGCCAUUUAAGCAUUCAUAUAAUGCAAUUCUACAUUGCCUUCUUUGUUUAAAGCAGUACAAAUUGGUAGAAUGGGUUUAUCAACAGAUGUUACUUGAGGAUUAUUCUCCUGAUAUUUUAACUUAUAACAUAGUUAUGUGUACAAAAUAUAGGUUGGGGAAAUUGGAUCAAUUCCAUAGAUUGCUUGAAGAAUUGGGUACAAAUGGGUUUUCCCCAGAUUUUCAUACAUUUAAUAUCCUUCUUCAUCUUCUUGGAAAAGGGAACAAGCCACUUGCAGCACUUGAUCUUUUGAAUCAUAUGAAAGAAGUUGGUUUUGAUCCAAGCGUUCUUCACUUCACCACAUUGAUAGAUGGACUGAGUCGGGCUGGGAACUUGGAUGCCUGCAAGUAUUUUUUUGAUGAGAUGAUUAAGCUUGGAUGUAUGCCUGAUGUUGUUUGCUAUACUGUUAUGAUCACAGGAUAUAUUGUGGCUGGGGAACUUGAGAUGGCUCAGGGAUUGUUUGAAGAGAUGACUGUGAAAGGACAAUUACCAAAUGUAUUUACGUACAAUUCUAUGAUCCGUGGGCUAUGUAUGGCAGAGAAGUUUGAGGAGGCACGCUCCAUGCUUAAAGAAAUGGAAUCUAGAGGUUGUAAUCCGAAUUUUCUUGUGUACAAUACCCUAGUUGGUAAUCUGCGAAAUGCUGGAAAGCUUAAAGAGGCUCAUGAAGUAAUAAGACAUAUGGUGGAUAAGGGUCAAUAUGUCCAUCUGCUUUCAAAAUUCAAGGGAUAUAGGAGAUGCUAAGGUGGUUGUGAAAAUGAAGAUUGUUCAGUUGUAACUUUAUGAUGAUAGCUCUGAUGGAUCAGCUCCCUUGAGACAGUGUGCCUGCUGCUUGUUUCAAACAUUGUAUGGCAGCCCCUUUGGGUCAUGUUAAAGUAAACUGAAAGCUAUGGAUAAGAUUUUCUACCCAUGUGUCAGUUGCUUUGACUAUGUUAUGGUAUGUGUUCUGAUAUAAGCAGUCUUCCUUUUGAAUUUCAAUAUGUACCCCUGAAAUUCUAGAUAGAGCCGCCUUCCUGGGCCCGUUACCAUCCAUAAAGCUGACCCAUUUAAUUUGCCCUCUGCUCAUGAAGGUCAACCAUUUCAUCAUCUGCAUAUAAUCGAGGCAGUACAUAGUUAUUUUACCCAUUUUACUCGAUCUCUAUUUCAUGGUCAUUAUAUUUCUCCCUGAAAAUCAAGGACCUGAUUUUGUUCAGAAUUAUCCCAAAUGAAAAUGGAGAAUGUCGUAGUUCUUUCAGUCAUCUUGAGUGUGAACCAAAUCCAAGUACCUUUGUCCUACCAUCGUCUAUUUGAAGAUGCUUAUCUGACUCAACUUUCAACUCCCUCCCCUGAAUUCUCCCCAUUUGUUGUUCUUGUGCUUGACAUGCAAGAAACCUAGCAAAGCCGGACUCUCAAAUUUCUACCUUCCUGUACACUAGUAUUGAUCUUUGACCAGUUGGCAGCCUCUUUGGGUGGGAAGAAUGUAUAACCACCUUGGUACCAUUUUUCAAAUAAUCAACUCUGGUGCCGUCUUUACUCAUCUUAUUGAUCAUGAGUAGUGCUGGAAUGUAGAGAAAAGUAGAACAGACCAUCCCUGGAGAAGUUGUGUUGUAAAGAGGGAUCUUUAGGCUUGCAGCACUUGUCCUAUUUCAUGUCCGUAUAGACAACCCAUGUUAUAUGCUUUGCUCUAAAGUUGGCAUAUUCAUAUUAUACUUUUCCUUUUGUAACAAGUGAUUGAUUGCUGGAUAGAUUCUCCCAGGAUGGAAUGAAAUGUUGAGUCAUGUUUCCA